GAGGGUCCCGCUGCAGAAAAGCCGGAGAAUGUGCACCGUGAAGUUGCUGCGGGUGUCGGUCCACGAGCGAAUCAGCGCUGCCGCUGAAGACUUUUUGCUGCAGCUGGAAAAAGGAGAAGCGGCCGAGCUGCCGGCGCUGAGAGCGCUGCUGACCGAGCGGCUGACGGCGGCUGCAGAGGAGAUCGUCGCUCUGUUGGAGGAAACCGUGGCGGAGUACGAAGACAGAGUGGAGCGCUCAGAGCGGGAGAUCUGCCGGCAGAGGAGGCUGCUCGAUGCCGUGCUGAAGCCCGAAGUCCGGCUACACGCAGCAGUGAUUGCUCCAUACAUCCAGCUGGAGGCACCACUUAUUACAAAGGAGGAAACAGGAAGUGAGGGAAGGUCAAAUUCAGACAGACAUUCAGACUUUCCUGAAGCUGACAAUGAAAACCCAGAUGAACAGAAGAAAGUCAGAGAAGUUCACAACUCUAAAUGUGGAGAAAGAGAACAAGUGGGAAAUUUGGAUUCACACAUAGAAGCUCAAACAGGGAAAAAACCUUUCUGUUGCUCUUUGUGUGGUAAGAGGUUUACUAAGAUAGGAGGUCUGAGCUACCACUUAAAAAUUCAUACAGGGGAGAAAUCAUUUAGCUGCACCUUUUGUCCUAAACAAUUUAGAAAGAAAGGACAUUUGAAAUACCACACGUUGAUUCACACUGGAGGGAAACCAUUCAGCUGCAACAUCUGCAAUAAGUCUUUUAGGUGGCCGGCACAAAUCAAGGCCCAUAAGUGUGUGUCAGUAUCUCAGAGAGAAAAACCAAAGAAACCGCUGACCUGCUCUGAAUGUGGGGACAUGUUUUUAGACAGAUCUCUUCUGACAACCCACAGGAAAACACAUCAGAGCAUAAAACGGUUCACAUGCACGGUCUGUGGUCUGCAGCGUCAGUUUCAAUCGCAAAUGAAGCUCCAUAUGAGAAGCCACACAGGAGAAAAGCCUUACAAGUGCCCAAGCUGUUCAAGAAAAUUUUCACGAAAAGCCAUGUUAACACAACAUGUGGCAGUCCAUUUAACAGUGAAACCAUUUGGCUGUGAUAGUUGUGGGAAAAGAUUCUGUUGGAAUUAUCAAAGCAAAAAGCACAAAUGUCCUGCCAAAUCAGAUGGAAAGUUAAGACGAGACACAUACAAAAAGUCUUCAGUGUCUGUUGAAACGGAUGACAGCGCUGACAAUCAUUUCUGGAAAGAGACCAGGCAUCAUCGGUCAGGUUUCACUUAUAAGAGAAAUAAAAACAUCUCUGCAGGUCAAAAUGGCUCCAAAACAGAAAAGAAACCACAGGUCUGUCCUGAUGACAAGAUUAAAAUUGAACCCAAUGACAAUGAAAGCAAAGGCAGAGAUUUUUAUAAAGAGACAAAGCCACUGAUGGCCAGUUUAACCUCUGUGGAACGUAAAGAAGUCUCUGAAAGUUAUGUGACACUUUAUGCACAGACAGACAUGCAGCAGUGUACAUACAGAGAAGAUCUGAGCCAAAACAUCAGGUUUGCUACAGGGGAACGGGAUCACGUAAAGCAGGAGGAGCCACAGAUUAAAGAAGAACCAGAGGAAGCUGAUAUCACCACACUGUUGUUCAGUCAAGCCCCUGUGAAGAGUGAAGAAGUGAAGGAGAAACCUCAGACUUCACAGCUUCAUCUCAGUCACCCUGAAGAGAACAAAAAUCAUCCAAAUUUAUGUCUCCAGACUUCAGAUUCCUCAGAGACAGAUGUCAGUGAUGGUGACUGGGAGGAAACCAAUGAAAAUCAGUUAGAUUCAAACUGCUCGGAAACCCCUGCAGGAGACUCUAGAUGUGAGGAUGGGCAGAAAUCAUUUGUCUGUCCCGAGUGCGGAAAAUGUUUUCGCCGAAAGGGGAAUCUGGAAACUCACCUGAGGACUCACACGGGAGAGAGACCCUUCAGCUGCCCCCUCUGCAGCAAAACCUUCACUACAAAAUUAAUCAUGAAAAUGCACAUGUCUGUUCACACUGGUGAGAAACGCUUCAAGUGCCACAUUUGUGGUAAAAGCUUCAACUGGCAUUCACAGAUCAAAUAUCACAAAUGCAUCCGGACCCAGAGUCACACUCCUGGGCCAGAACCAGCCAGGAACUCAGAUUCAGAUUUUAACAGUUUUGCAUCUCUUAAGAGUGAUGCAGAUAAUUUCUGGAAACAGCCCAAGCCACCGCAGUCAGGUAUAAACAAUCAAAAAAAUGAAGUAACUGAUGCAGGAAGUCAUAAUAAAGAUAAAUUACUUAGCUGCUUAUUUUGUGGGAAAGGAUUUUUAACAGGAGGAUGGUUGACAAAACACAUUUCUGCCCAUACAGGAGAGGAACAGCUCAGCUGCAUCAACUGUGAGCAAGCCUUCACUUUGGAGUCAGACCUCAUAAAUCACCAGUGUGUUUGUGAUUCGACUCAAGCUCAGGAACAAAGCACAUCCAACAAGGUGCUAAGGUGCUCUCAGUGUGGGGAAAGAUUUGCCAGACGAGAAGAUUUAAAUUUUCACUUUGGAGAGCACACAAGAAAAGACUUGUUAAGAUGUUCAGUUUGUAACGCAGGUUUUGGUGAAACAGACUCACUAGUUCAGCACAUGAGAAGCCACACAAGACAAACACAGUUUCGCUACUCAGUUUGUCGAAAAGAUUUUUCAUGGAAACAACAUUUGAUUAAAAACACGAACAAUGAUGGCAGCAAGAAACUUUACAGCUGCUGUAUUUGUCACACGAGAUUCACCUGCCAAAAUAAACUCAAACAGCAUCAGUAUCUUCAUCACAGCCAGACUGAGGAGAACACAGAGGCACCUGAAAAGAUGGAAACAGCUGAUAAAGAGAACUGCAAAGGACCAGAACCAGCCAGGAGCUCAGAUGCAGAUGAACGUGUACAACCAGAGACUGAAAACAAGGCUUCAAAGCCAGCCGACACAGAUACUGAUGACAGCAAAAGAGCAGAGACCGGUGAAGUUCAGCUGGGUUUAAACUCUGUCAGCCAUCUUUUGAGCCUCUCUGAAGACCAGACGUCAGAAACUCUGCAGCCUCAGAGUGAUGACAGUGUUGACAGUGACUUUUGGAAAGAGACCAAGAGACCGGAGUUAGAUUUAAGCUAGGGCCAUCACCAUAUCAGAUUUUCAACCCAUUAAUAUUGUGGAUACAAAAAAAAUUGAACAUUUUAGAAAAAGAAAAUAAUAGUAAUUCUACCAAAUUGAUCAAAACUUUAUUUAUUGUGUGUGUUUGUCUUGUUUUUGUCUAAAUACAGUUUGUUCUUGAAUUUGUUUUCUUGUAGAAUCUUUUUCCCUUCUUCCUACUUUAAUAGAUUUCUGUGACUCCUAAAA